CACAACGAGCAGAAACACAAUAGAGAGAGUGUUUAGAGAGCUUCGGUUUUCGCACAAAACCGCGAGUAUUGAGAGGAGCUGUUUUAUCCUGGAGACGACCGGUUGAUAGUCUGCCGUGCGCAUCGAAGGCAGUGCCGCGAACGUCUUAAAGAAAGCGACCUAGUCCGCGACUCAGCUCCAGAUUCGGUAACCUCGUUCCUUUUGUUGUUCUGUUCCUAACAGCAGCACUAGGGUUCCGGUCGGUGGCGCAAGUAUUGACACAAGAGCGGUGUUUAAUUUCUUUGGUGGAAUGCAGGGGAAGUACGCCCGUGAAGGGGUGAAUUUAACUUUAUUUGAAUAAUUUAAUAAAGGAUAAUUUAGUAAUAAUACAUUCUAGAUUAGGGCGAUAAUAGUAAAACUAGGGAGACGAAUUAUCGCCCUAAUCUAGAAUCUUAUUCCACCGCUACAUCCAUUUGCCACCAACGAAUUAUUCUUUGCCACUAAACUCCAAACCAACCACCGUCCCUACCUCUUCCGAUUCGUCUAUCUUCUCCAAUCGUCGAUUCGACGCGGAGAAGAGAUGGGUACCAUUGACUCGCAGCUCCUCGUCGUCGCAUGUUCCUCGGGGACCGUCGUGCAAAAUCCAAAGCCUAGCGGCGGCUGCUCCAACUCCUCGCAGAUCCAUCUUCUUCCUUUAGCGACGGCUGCUCCAACUCCUCCGCCGGCGGACAGACAAGGGUAUCGGAGGUGUAGGGGGUUUCAAGAUUCAAGAGCUUGGGUGGAGUUCGGUGAGGGCUGGUGGCGGCGGAGGAGAGGCAGAGGAAGGUGUGUAUUCCGAUUUUGAGGCGAAUGGUGGAGUGGUUUGCGAUAGGGGAGAAAUAAUUUCCCUUUAUUUGUUUUUUUGUGUGAAAUUUUCCUUUAUUUCUUUAUGAUUAAUAUAUGAAAUUUUCGUUUGUUUUAAAAAAAAAAUAUGACGUGUCACCUACGUGGCGAAUGUGGUUUAAUUGUCGCUGACGUGUGCGAUAAUUUGGCAUCCUAGUCAGCCUAACGUUAAACUAACUGACGGAGUCUCUAACACCAUUAAAGUUUGUAACGGAAG